AUGGACCUAAAGUCGCAAGAAAUAAGCGGACAGAUUGGACCCCAUAUUUCAAAACAGGAGACUUAUUUUCGUACUCCAAUCUCUGCCCAAGAUAGGUUAGCCGUAACACUUCGGUUUCUUGCCACGGGAGAUUCAUAUACUAGCCUACAGUAUCUAUUCAGAAUUUCCAAGCAGUCGAUUGGGCGUGUAGUACCCCAAGUUUGUGCUGCACUAAUUAAGGAAUUGCAGGGAUAUAUCAAGCUUGGAAACAAGUUAGCAACAUAUUUGAAACUCGUUGGAACCUUCCUCAUUGUGUUGGUGCCCUAG